CGGAGUAGCAAUUAAAGGAAGUCAUAGAGGAGAGCAUUUGUGAUUUCAUUUCUUCCGAACUUCAUAUUUUAUUUAUUUACUUAUUAAAUUAUUACUACAUUAAUUAAAUGGCUCUUCCGCGUAGACUUGUGUCAUCGCCACCGCCUCCUUGGAGGACAGCGACGGAGGCCGAUCCACCGUCCGCAGUCAACACCGAGUCUGAUUUUGUAGUCAUCCUUGCGGCGCUCCUGUGCGCUCUCAUUUGUGUGGUAGGGCUUGUGGUGGUGGGCCGCUGCGCCUGGCUCCGCAGGGCCCGGGCCAGGAAUUCGCCGCCCAACAAAGGUCUCAGCAAGAAGGUGCUCCGCUCGCUGCCCAAAUUCACCUACGGCGCCGACGAUUGUGCCGGCGGCAAGGGUUUCGCGGCCGAGUGCGCCAUAUGCCUGGCGGAUUACGAGGGCGGCGACCAAAUCCGAGUGCUCCCGCAGUGUCGCCACGCUUUCCACGCCGAAUGCGUCGACAGUUGGCUCGCCUCCCACUCCUCCUGCCCAUCGUGCCGCCAGAUCCUCGUCGCCUCCCGGUGCCGGAAGUGCGGCUGCAAGGACCUCCCGUCCGGCGAAGGAAGAAGCCAAAGCAGCAGCAGCUAGCUAGCUUUGAUGCAAAUUUUGGGCGGAUCCAACCAUUGAUGAAUGAGAAAUCCCGGCGGCACCGGCACGGCAAUGUUAUGCUUGCGAGCUAUUUCCGGGUCGGGUUGAAGACUUGAAGUGUACUGUUAUUAUGUACGUAUAUAGAUAGAUAGUCGUAUACAGAAAGAAAAAAGAAGGAAAGGAUAAAUACGUAGGUUCGGUAGAUUAUUUAUAUCGCCGUUUCUGGAUCACGCCACACUCAUUUCUCAUCGGAUCUAGUGUAUACCUCUUUUCCUUCUUACACAUACUGCAUAGUUUUGAACUUUUAAUUAAUUUUCUACACUUUUCC